AUUUCUGACUAAAGGAAAAACGUGAAUUUUGUCAAACGAGGAAAACAAACUUUUGUGUACAAAAAAAAAACAAAAUUAUGAAGGAUUUUUUUUGUAGCUUUGGAAUUCCACAAAUGAAACCAGAAAAAUCUUCGAAAUCUCAAAUUAUUAUUUUCUAGGUUUCAUACUGUUAAACUAAGAACAUGUAACUUAUAAAUUUUUUUUUUUGUCUAAUAUGGAUGGGGGGGGGUCUUUCCCCCUCUAUGAUUUUGCCCUUAGAGUUAAGAUAGGGGAGUUUGAUACAUGCAAUACCACUACUGCAAAGUUUGACACGCUGUAUACAUAAGCUAAAGAAAUAUUGCCUCCUGUUUGAUAAUAAUUAAUUUGAGCAAUGUCUAAUAUAUAUGAACCCUCGCUGAGCUAAUUGGAAAAAUAAAACAAAUUGUGUAACACGGGAGCCUCGGCACAAAGAUCCAGACUACUAUGAAAAGUUGAAUACAUUUUCAAGACUUUGUCGACUUUAAAGUGUUGCAACGCUUUGGUUUUUGAUUUCAUUUUGCUUUUUUUGUAUCCCUAGACAUGGAGAUACUUAAGCAAUAAAGCACAAGAAGUUAUUGGUAAAAAUUGCGAGAAAUUGCGCAAUUGGUAGAGUUAAUCUAUUGGCGUAGGAAAUUUUGUAAUCCAAAUGUUUGUGUAGGUUUUUAAAGGACACUUAAUAUGUUUCAAUUACUGGGUAUCAUGUGCAAGAAAAUAUCACGUUUUCUCAGGUUACAUAUAUUUUGAUCAUGUUGUUUAUCAGUCAGAUAUUUCUUUGAAAUUAAAACUUCUUGUACAAAUUGAUUCUUGGAUUUCCAAAUGGAAAUUUUUUUUCAUUUUAUUUUCAAAAACAAACUCAGUAAAUUUUGAAAUUUGGCAAAAAAGCAAAUGUCUAGAAAUAAAUUAAUUAUUUUUCUUUUGACACUUUAACACCUUGAGCAAUCCUUAUAAUUCUUAAUUUAUUAACGGCACGUAUAUUUACCUAGUCAAUAUUUACAGAGGUUUUUGUAGAAACACCCUUUUCUUACUUAAACCCAGUUGAAACUGGUAAGUCCAGUGUUUAACCUUUUUUUCAACUUAUUAUUCAAAGACUGGGGAAAAUGAAAAAUAAAAUUUUACAAUCGAAAGUCAAUGAAAUGAAAUUGAAAGUACACAUUGCGCAUCUUCGAAAAACUUUUUUAUAGAUUUCUAGAACAGUUAUGCUGUCAAUAAAAAGAGUCUGCACUGUUCAGUUUUGUAACUCUGGAUAUUUUUAGAGCAAAAAGGUUUAAUUAAAGAUUAUUAAAAUAUCCUAGAAGAAGAAGAAGAUGAAGGAAUUUCAUCGUAACUACGAUUACAUAACUCGACUUCUCAUCUCGUGGGGGAUUAUUCCUUGUGCAAUGAACGAGAAUGGAACUGCAAGUUUUAAACCAUUUUCAUGCAUCACAUUUUUAUCAGUUUUAAGAUUGUCUGUUUUCCACAUAAUCGUAGUGGGUUGUGUCUUUGUGGAGAUUUUCUGGCUGAAAGGAGACGUUUCAGUUUUUCUCCCAAAAGAGAAUAUUGACCGAGUAGUGAAGACAAUUAUUAUUGUUGGCUUAGUGGGGGUAGUGUUUGUAUCACCAAUAACCCUAGGGAAAUGUUGUUCUCUAAUGCUCACCUAUUGCCCUGUAAACUGGAAAAAUAAAACUCAGAUAAAAAUGAUUCUCCUUGUUAUCCUAGCAGGAUGUUUUGCGGGAGGAAAUCUUUCUCAGAUCUUUCAUGAUAUUCUUAUUCGGACAUCAGGAAUGGAGUAUUUGCUUGGAGGGGUUUUCAUUACAGCAUUUUCCCUUCUAGACGUUGCAACCGUUUUUUCUAUCAUUUGUCUCUUCUUUCAUCUACUAGGAUGGAUUCAAGGCUAUUUGGAUUCGAUGGAAAACGUUGUAAAGAAGAAAAUGGUGACUCCAAUGGAGUUCAAGAAUUUGAAAAGUAUUUACGAAAAUCUAGGAACCUGUACCGGGUUGGUGAUGUUUCCGAUUGGAAUAAUUUGCCAGACAUUUCUAAUUCUUGGAAUCUAUAUUUCCUGUGGGAAACUUUUAUCAAUGAGGGCUGUUCCAGAAAUAAACAUUUUCCUCCUGGAGGUUGCAAGUUCAACGCUUUUCCCGUCGCUGUUGCUAUUGCUCUUUUAUACCGUGGUGGAAGAAUCAGAGAAAGCUAAAAACUCUCUCGAAGACGCUAUUGUUCGAAUGGAAUUGGCAAGUAGAGAAACUACUGAGAAAUAUACAAGAAGAGAGUUUAAGGAAUUGAUUCGGAGCUAUUCAAGAUUAGGCUCGUUUACUGCAUUCCAAUAUUUUGUUAUUGAACGCAGUACACUUGUUAGUAUAAUAUCGACCACUGUAACCUAUCUCAUCAUUCUUAUUCAGUUUAAGAUGGCAGAAGCUUAGAUACGAUCGAUGUUAUUUAGUUUUAAUGCAUUUUUCAUUAUUACAUAGUUGUUUGACAUAUUCAAGAAGUUUUUAUGAAAAGGCCGUUUUAUUGUUUUGAUUUAAUGACGAAAAAGCUAAAACAUUUUUGAGAUCAAAACUUCAGCAUUAAUGUAUAUGUAUAUUAAUAGUUAAAAUCUCUAUUUCACAUUAUUCCAGUC